UAUGACUCGCUAGUCACGUUCCAACCACACAAGUUCUACGGCGGGCCGCCAUCGAAUGAGACAAACGAGAUGUGGACGCGUCUCUCACCUCCUGGCGACGGCAUCGUCGAGUUGCCAAACGAGUUCACCGCUCAUCUCCCGGCCUCAUUGCCCAGCCCACACAACCCAUCCACGCACAAAGUGUAUGGUGUCUCCAUGUUUCACCAACUGCAUUGCCUCAACUUCCUACGAUUCGCCUAUUACCCUGAUUCCGUGGAGGGCAUGCAGCCAUGGGAGGUCGUUGCGCAUCGCGACCACUGUCUGGACUUUAUUCGACAGGCUAUCAUGUGCAAUGGAGACUCAACGUUUGAGCCGCUGACUGCUGUUGGCAUCAACGGAAUGGGCGCGAUACACCAGUGCCGCAAUUUUGAGAGGAUUUUCAGCUGGGCAUACGACCAUCGGUCAGACAAAGUCAAUGGCUCUGGGUAUAAGGGCGGAGUGGUCACGCAUACACCGGGUCACAGAAACUCCUUCGGCGACGGCAUGGAGGAUGACAAGUGA